ACGGAGCAUUUUCAUCCAGCGGAGAAGGGAAAAAAAGGGAAAAGUACUUCAGGAAAGGAGAAAACUCAUGGUGGUUAUUCAUGGUCGAAAGGAGGGGACAGUCGAAUUUAUUAUUAAUCGGAUGGUCAAGAAUUUACCAACGCAGACUGCACCUGAUACGCGGAUCGUCGAGUCUUCGGAGUGCGCAUUGGAAAGUUGGAUGUAAAAAAAAGUGGACGAUACUCAGCUCUCGCCUUUCGGGAUCAACUCUUGUUUAUUUUUUCUAUCUGAUCUACUGACUUUAACCACUUUAGUUGAGUUUUUAAUGGUGGAUAUUUUUCAGCUACGCCGGAAGUAUGUUAAGCCGUUUUAUAAACUUUUUUAAUUUGUAGUAAAGCAGUCACUGUUUAGGUUGCGGUGUUGCACAAGGCUUUUUUUUUUACGAACGUUUCCUUGUAGCGAACACUUUAAAGUUGUUGUGAAGUCUCAAUUGAAACCUUGCGGUGGGGGAACUAUGCGGGUUCAUCUGUGAAUACCUCUGAUUUAAGCCCGCGUCCGACGCCGGACAAGAAAGUUGGGGGGGAAGAGACUUGGAAAUGAGUGCUGCUGGGACAGAAAAGCUGCUGCUAGCUCUGCUGCUGCUGCCUCGCGCUUAUCCCUACUAGCACCGGCUAACGAAGACUACAGUGAAUGCGCUACGAGAACCGCACACCUUCACCGAGGCAAACUUCAGCGUUCGGCACCGGGGGUAGUGCUCUGCGGUCGCGCUAUUAAAACUGGAUACAAAAUGGCGGCGCCUCUGGGACCGUUUGGAUUUGUGUGUAGUUUGGUUUUAUAUUUAAUGCUGACGGUGGGAGUGUGGAACCGCGGCGGAUUGGGUUCAGAACUACCGUGUGCCCAGAACUGUACCUGCGACGGAGAUUCGGUGGACUGCAGCCGCCUGGAGCUCACGGCGACACCUCUGGACCUACCGGCCCGAACUGUCUCCUUGAAUCUUGGGCACAAUAAACUGACCUCCAUCAAUCCUGAAGCUUUUGCCAACCUUCCCAAUUUAAGAGAACUGCGCUUGGAUCAUAAUGAACUGACCUCAAUACCAGAUUUAGGGCCAGCUGCCUCCAAGAUUGCGUCUUUGUACCUACAUCAUAACAACAUCCGCAGUAUUGAUGGCCGGCGGAUCAGAGAGCUGGUUUCUGUGGAAACGUUGGACCUGAGCAAUAAUGAAAUCACUGAGCUGCGGGGACACUGCUUCCCUGCAGGCCUGCAGAUCAGAGACCUGUACCUGAGCAACAACAAGAUCAGCGUGUUAGAGCUGGGAGCUCUGGACCGUCUGAGUUCAUCUCUCCAGGUUCUAAGACUGAGCCGAAACCGAAUCAGCCAGAUCCCCAUUCGAGCCUUUCAGCUCCGAAAGCUCAUCCAGCUCGAACUCAACAGGAACCGCAUCCGUCAGAUCGAAGGCCUCACCUUCCAGGGUUUGUCAAGUCUGGAGGUGCUCAAACUCCAAAGGAACAGCAUCAGCAAACUUACGGACGGAGCCUUUUGGGACCUCGCAAAGAUGAAAGUCCUCCACCUGGAAUACAACAACCUGACAGAGGUGAACAGUGGCUCCCUGUAUGGCCUGACCUCACUUACGCAACUGUUCCUUAGUAACAACUCAAUAGCCCACAUCAACCCUGAUGGAUUGAAGUUCUGCCAGAGGCUGAGGGAACUGAAUCUGUCGUACAACAACCUAACUCGUCUUGAUGAAGGGAGCCUGGCAAUGCUGGGGGAUCUCCACACUCUCAGACUGGGCCACAACUCCAUCAGCCAGAUUAACGAGGGAGCCUUCAGGGGCUUGAAGGCUGUACGCAUCUUGGAGCUGGACCAUAAUGACAUCUCAGGCACAAUAGAAGACACCAAUGGGGCCUUUUCUGGAUUGGACAGGCUCAACAAGCUCACCCUGUUUGGAAACAAGAUCAAAUCGGUGGCCAAGGAAGCCUUCUCCGGCCUGGAGAGCCUGGAACACCUGAACCUGGGGGAGAAUCCCAUCCGCUCCAUCCAGCCGGACGCUUUCAGUAAAAUGAAGAACCUGAAAAGCCUGAUCAUGGACAGCAGCAGUUUUCUGUGCGACUGCCAGCUGCAGUGGCUGCCCGGCUGGCUGCAGGUCCGCGGUUUGCAAUCGGAUGUUAAUGCCACCUGUGCGCACCCUCUGAGUGUGAAGGGUAUGAGCGUGUUUGAGGCUCCGCCCAGCAGCUUUGUGUGCGACGACCUGCUCAAACCCCAGAUCACCGUCCAGCCGGAGAGCACGGCGACCGUCCUCGGCAGCGACGUUCGUCUCGUCUGCACGGUUGUAAGCAGCAGCUCCUCCCCCAUGACCUUUGUGUGGCGCAAGGAUCAGGAGCUGCUGCGGCACGCAGAGGUGGAGAACCACGCCCACAUGCACGCUCCAGGCCAAGGCGUCACACCAGGGACAGGGGGAGAAGUGAUGGAGUACACCACUAUCCUGCACCUGCGGCGCGUCACUUUUGCACACGAGGGCCGUUACCAGUGCAUCUUCACCAACCAUUUUGGCUCCACCUACUCCAGCAAGGCUCAGAUCGUGGUCAACGUGCUGCCCUCCUUCACGAAGACUCCCAGGGACAGCACCAUCCGAACGGGCCACAACGCCAGGCUGGAGUGCGCCGCAGAGGGCCACCCAACGCCUCAGAUCGCCUGGCAGAAAGACGGCGGCACCGACUUCCCCGCUGCUCGCGAGCGACGGAUGCACGUCAUGCCCGACGACGACGUCUUCUUCAUCAUGGACGUCAAGCCGGAGGACAUGGGCGUGUACAGCUGCACCGCCAAAAACACCGCCGGCACCGUCUCCGCCAACGCCACCCUCACAGUGCUGGAAACGCCGCACCUGGCCCAGGACCUGGAGGACCGCAGCGUGGUGGUGGGGGACACGGUGGCGCUGCAGUGCAAAGCCCUCGGCAGCCCGCCCCCUCGCAUCACCUGGCUGCGCAACGACCAGCCGCUCCGGCCCUCGGAGAGACACCACUUCACGCCGGGGAACCAGCUGCUGGUCAUCGGCUCCGCCUCCCUGGAAGACGCCGGCCGCUACACCUGCCUAAUGUCCAACACGCUGGGCACCACGCGGGCUCACAGCCAGCUGGCGGUCAGUCAGCGCAGAGGCCCUUGCACCCCACCGCCCGGGCCAAGCAGCGUCACCAUAGGCAUCAUCGUCAUCGCCGUGGUUACGAGCAUUGUGGUCACCUCGUUGGUGUGGGUCUGCAUCAUCUACCAGACCAGGAAGAAGAGCGAGGAGUGCAGCGUGACCAACACCGAUGAGACGGCGGUCCCUCCAGACGUUCCCAGCUACCUCUCCUCCCAGGGAACUCUGUCGGAGCAGCAGGACGCCUGCAUCCGCGCGGAGGCCGGCGGGGGAGCUCCGCCCAGCAGACACGUCAUGGACUCCAGCACAGCCUUCGACCCCGCAGUCGUCUGCUCGGACUGUUUUGAGACCGCCAACAGCUACUCCAAAGAUCCCGACUACCUGAGCCACGGGUUUGGACCCGCUCGAGGCACAGACUACCAUCAGCAGUUCCUCCCCCCACCUUACCCCCACUGUCUCCAAGGGGAUCCGCAUGAAUCCAGAACGUCUCCGCUCUGCAACGGCUAUCCGUAUGGAAACGUGACGGACAUGCAGAGAUCCACGUUUCCAGACGACCACAAAGAAGACAGAAAAGAACACAGAGCGGGACAACCGCCGGCCAGCUCCCCGCCAGCGGAAGACUCCUUCCACAAGCCGGUCAAGCUGGUUGGUUACCUGGAUACGGACUGUGAGCCUGAGCUCAGGCAGACUCUGCUGUCCAACGGACACGCCCACAGAGCCUCUCAGAAUGAGAGCGCCUCUCUGAGGAGAACCAGCGACUAACAGUCCGGCCCCAAACCUGGACCUUUCCGUUUUUCUUCUUUGCACUGGGAAAAAAAAAACUGCUACCUCAUACGGAGGAGAACGGGCCUCAUGGAUGUGAACUGUAGGGAGGAGGGGGGGAUUUAAAAGGAGGAGCUUGUGUGGGUGGCGUCCCAUCUGAGCGUAUCAGCUGUAAAUAGUUAAAAACCUUCUUCUGGGAGGUGACCCGUAAAAAAUGUGACUUGCAUUUGAGGCAUGUAAAUGUGGGGAAUCUUGUACAGUGUAAGUAUGUGCAGUUUGGGGGGGUUCUAAAGCAGAAAUAUAGCUGGGGAGGUUUGUACAUAAGAGUUUUCUUAUAUAUUAUAUAACUUUUACAGAAGAGUGUUUGAAUAUAUGUGCAUGAAAAAGAAAGGAGUGAUGAUAUUUUUAUUUUCCUAGGAAAAAAACAAACAUUUUUCAGCUUUUACCAACAUUCAGCUGCAGUGCCUUAUUGCAUGAUUUAAAGGAAACACAACCUGUUAUAGCGUAUGAUGAAAGAGUCGCUUUUGCUUGACGUCAAGCAAAAACCCUCGAUUGCACUUGAAUGUUUUCCUUUUGCUUUGUUUUUUUUUGGACAAACACAGCCGUCUAUGGCCUUACAGAAACAGAGCUCGCUCCAGUCGGAUGAAGGAAGAGCUGGGAUGGAAACGUUGCACGGUUGAAGCACUUUUCACUCCACAAACGAGCAGGAAGCUUCUAGAUCACAUGGUUCCUCAUGGUUCUGUGAGGCUUCCUGUCGCCCUCGGCAACGCGUGGCGCUUCUUGGUCACGGUCGGUGUUUGUUACUGCUGUAAUGAUGCAAGGACAGCUGGGAGACGUUCUCCAACCAAACGCUCAUGCACGUUUGGCACUCCACGGUUUACCACCACAUCAGUCAGAGCAGAGGGCUUGGAGCGGGUGUAGAGGCUAAAUGGACAGCAGUUCAAGUUCUAAGACUAAUUUAUUGAAGCAAACUGAACCUAUGUACUAUUGUCAAAGCUAAAACCGUGAAGUUUCUAAUAAAAUCACUUUUUGCUCUUA